AUGCCUAGCUAUAAGUCGAAGACGCCCCCGCCGGCGCCACCUCGCGCCACCUCCAAGCCCCUCAUCUCUGUGACGGCCCAGAGCAGCACAGAGUCCACUCAGGACGCCUACCACGAGGGGAGGCACCAGCGGGGGAGCAUCCUGUGGGCGCCAGACGGUCUGGGCGGCUCGAGUCGAACCCUCUACAACUCCACCGACAGCCUGGACAAUGCCAAGGUGGUGACGCUGGCCAUGGAGAUGGCAGGGGGCAAGUGGCACGCCUCCUCGGGCAGCCACAGCUCAGUGCAGACGUGUGACAAGGCAGUGUUGGUGUCCAAGGCUGAGGAAUACCUCAAAACGCCACGCUCCUCCAUCGGGAUACAGGUAAAACCAGCUCACACAUACACAAAACACACACACACACACACACACACACACACACGUGAUGGUCUAGUCCAGGGGUGUCAAACAUAUGGCCCGCGAGGAGGUCCAAUCUGGUCUGCGGGUGGUUUGACAAAAAUAAAAUAAAAAAUAAAACAUGUUUAGUUUUUUGGGGGGGGAGGGGAACAAACCCUAUAUACAUUAAAAUGACUAAAACCAUCUCACACUGACCCAAUGUGAGCCUGACCAAUCAGGAUGAAUGACCUGACCACAUAGCUCUACAGCCACUGGCCAGCCUAGAGACCACAGGCAGCUCACAGCACAAUAUAACACACACUUACACAGAUGUACACACACACACACACAGAUGUACACAUGCACACACACACACACACUUACACAGAUGUACACACACACAGAGAUGUACACGUGCACACACACACACACACACACAACCACACACACACACACACACACAAAUACACACAAACACAAACCACCUAUGAUGACAAAUAGAGUAGAAUAACAUUAGAGGAAACUGUUGAAGAAGACUAUUUAUCAAUGUAAUUCAAAUUGAUCACGUAAUCUAUUUUACACUGGCAACAAAUCAAACUAAUUAAAGAAAUAUCAUUACAUUUACUAAUGAUUAUUUUCUGGAUGCCUGCUGCUGUGACUUGUGAACAUGUUUUACACAUUUUCAUGUCCUCUUAAAUUACAUGAAGCACAUCAUAUAGCAUUAAUGUAACCGUUUAGACCAUUAAUUGCACUCAAGCCAACAUUCUGUCUCUUUUGCAAUGCAGUUUCUCAAGGGAUAAAUAAAAGCCAAUGCAUCAUCGCCAUCAUCUUCAUCAUCAUCAUCAAUAUCAUCAACGUCCCCAUCAUAACCUUCAGUGCCAGCACCUAAUUCAUCAUAUCUGUCACCAUAUCUGGUAUGAUGAGUUAUUUACUCUAAAGGACUCGUUGACAUUUUAUUCCACACUCCUUUUUUCGAUGUCAUUGUUUUGAAGUACUGGGACUGUGCUGUUGACAUGACAAUAGAUCUGUGUGUCUGUGUCUGUGUGUGUGUGUGUGUGUGUGUGUGUGUGUGUGUGUGUGUGUGAGCUCGUAAACUGAGCCAUAGAAAUAGAGGGACAGGGAGACAGCCCCGGGGCAGGAAAAAAAAGGGGAAAAAUUGGGGGGAAAAAAAAGGGGGCCCCCAAAAUUUUAAAAAAAAACCCCCCAAAAAUUUUUGGACCCUUUUUUUUUUUCCCCUCAACCCCUUUUUUUUUUCCCCCUUUUUUCUUUCCCUUUUUUAAAAUUCCCUUUUCCCCUUUUUCCCCCCCUUCCCCCCACCCCCCCUUUUCCCCCUUCUUUUCCCCCCUUUUUCCCCCCUUCAUCUUUUUCCUUCUUCUUCCCCCCCUUUCUCCCCCUUUCCCCCCCCUUUUACCCCCCUUCCCCCCCUCUUUUCUUUCUCCCUUCCCCCCUCCCCCCCCCCACCCCUUUUCCUUCUCCUUUUCUUACCCCCUUUUUUCCCCCCAAAUUUUUUCUCUUUUUUUUUCCCCCCUUUUUCCCCUUCCCCCCCUCUUUUCCCCUCGCCCCCCCCCUUUUCCCUUCCCCCUCCUAUUUUUUCCCCCCUUUUCUCUUUCUCCCUUUUUCUGACUUUUCCCCCUUUCUUUUUUCCCUCUCCCUCCUCCCCCUUUCUCUUUUUUUUUUUCCCUUCUCCCCCCCUUUUCCCUUUUUCCCCCCUUUUCCUUGAUUUUUUACCUACUUCACCCUCUUUUUUUUUUUCCUAAAGUCAUUUUUUAAAAAAGUUUUGUAAAGUAGUUCACCCAUGAUACUGUUCUAAAGAGAUUCAUAUGACAUGUGACCAGUGUUAUUGUUUAUGUUCACAUUGUUGUUUACCAGGUGGAGACAGCGACGGACUCAGAUUCGGAGGGUAAAGGUCUUCCUCAGUACCAUUCUGUGGGCACCCAGGUGGAGGAUGACAAACGGUAUGUGGCACACAGGAAGUGGAAACUGGAAAUACAACCGUUGCAUAGUUUGUCCUCUGACCCUUUACAGCAGCAGCCAAUCAUUUCCCUCUGGAUCCUGAUUGCGCUAACUAAAUAUUUAUUGAUGUUGUGAAAGAUAUAUUGCACAUGUACUUGUGAAUGAUUUCUUUUCUGUACAUACUGUAUCUGUGAAUGGGUUAUAUUGAUGUUUUCUCUCUCUUUGGAUCCAUAUAUUGUUCAUCUAAUGUAUUUAUGUUUGUCUGUAUACAUAUACGUGUAUGCGUUUCUGUACUCCCUCAGGCAUGGCAGGUUCAAGCGCUCCAACAGCGUGACGACAGCCGUACAAGCUGACAUGGAACUAGAGGGCUUCCCCACCAUGGAGGACAAGGGCCUGCAGUUUGGAGGGGGCUUGGGUUUCCGAGGGGGCCACUCGGAGCCCAGCACGCCCACCCAGUACGGGGCCGUCCGCACCGUCCGCACCCAGGGCCUCUUCAGCUACCGGGAGGACUACCAGCGCUCCUCCAGCGGUCCUCCCAGUCCGCAGCCCGAGUCGUGGCUGACAGAGCCCUCUCUCGAGGGGGCUGAGAUGGUUCGGGUGUCCCCCCUCCGCAGGGAUGGCAGCUGGUUCAUGCAGCUCCUCCAUAAUGAAACUAAGAGGAUGGAGGGAUGGUGUAAAGACAUGGAGAGGGAGGCGGAGGAGCAUGACCUGUCGGAGGAGAGUGAGUGUCUGACGUAUACUGCCUCUAUGGUCCCUAAGGCAGGGGCUGUUCACAUUCUAAUGCAUUAGAUUAUAAAUGCAAUCACUGAUAACCAUUUUAGAAUGGAAUGGGUAAAGUCAAGCAUUGUUAUUACCAUAGCAAAUGAAUACCGGUCUAUCUUUUGAUGGUUGAGGCAGUGGACAUAUUUGAGUGAGAUUACACUCUGUGAGCUGUCAAUGAGGAUAACGCUGUGUGUGAUCUAUCGCUCUCUCUCUCUCUCUCUCUCUCUCUCUCUCUCUCUCUCUCUCUCUCUCUCUCUCUCUCUCUCUAUCUCUCUCUCUCUCUCUCUCUCUCUCUCUCUCUCUCUCUCUCUCUCUCUCUCUCUCUCUCUGUGUGUGUGUCUCUUCCAGUCCUAGGGAAAAUCCGGAGUGCAGUGGGCAGUGCACAACUCCUCAUGUCUCAAAAAUUCCAGCAGUUGUACUGGCUGUGCCAGCAGAACCUUGUGAGUACCUAUAAUACCAUAAUAGAACAUGACAAGUUUGUAUGUGUCUGUUUUUCUUCAAAAGACACCUUAUGUCUCACAUUCUCACUGUUGAUGACUUACCAACAGCACAGGGCUUGAGAAGUGAUGACUUACCAACAGCGCAGGGCUUGAGAAGUGAUGACUUACCAACAGCACAGGGCUUGAGAAGUGAUGACUUACCAACAGCACAGGGCUUGAGAAGUGAUGACUUACCAACAGCACAGGGCUUGAGAAGUGAUGACUUACCAACAGCGCAGGGCUUGAGAAGUGAUGACUUACCAACAGCGCAGGGCUUGAGAAGUGAUGACUUACAAACAGCACAGGGCUUGAGAAGUGAUGACUUACCAACAGCACAGGGCUUGAGAAGUGAUGACUUACCAACAGCACAGGGCUUGAGAAGUGAUGACUUACCAACAGCACAGGGCUUGAGAAGUGAUGACUUACCAACAGCACAGGGCUUGAGAAGUGAUGACUUACCAACAGCACAGGGCUUGAAAAGUGCUGUACCUGAAGCUGCACUAACUGGCUGUUCCAGAAAUAGCCAUCCAAUCUAUGUUUCUAUUGACCCCCACAGUAAGCUGUCUGUUUUCACACCGUUCACUAACACACAGAGACAGACAGGCAUUUCAACCUUUUACCAUCUUUCAUUACUCACCUCGAACUUAGUCAAUAAGUUUUUACAUUUUUAUAAGACCUCAUUUUAAUUAACCACCAAAUGUCAACCCGCAUUAGCUACUGUAGGGGUAGUCUCAGGACAAACAAAUACAGAUUACAGUCAUACUCUUUGGUAAGUUCCAUAAUGAGAGAGGCUUUGCUCAAAUGAUGCUUCACUUGCCAUUCAUUCACACGGUGCAGAAACGUAUUCAAUGAAAAAGGCAAAUAAUUAGUGAGAGAUGGGGCUUUAAGACCCUUCUCGCUUGCCGUAGUGUGAGUCUGUUUUGUGUCUGAUGACUUAAAGCCGGUGUUUUGCUCUCUCUCUGCGUUCCCUCUGAGAUAAGGGGAUGAUGGAUGAAGGCCCACAUUCACUGUGACAGGACUUAGAUUGCUCUGAGACUCACAAACGUGUCCCACUGACUGAGUAGGGAGCAGCCUUCGUACCCCUACCAGAGAGAGAGAGAGCACUACCCCUAGUAUGAGUCCAUAUCACAACUCUAAUGACAUUGUUGUGUGUGUGCAGCCUUGAUUUUGCUCCAUGAAAUGAAGCUCAGGUCUUGCAAAGGGCAUGAAAUACAUUUAAAGAGUUAAAGAGGACACCUAGUGGUUGGACCGUGUACAGUAAGGUUUCCAGGACACCUAGUGGUUGGACCGUGUACAGUAAGGUUUGCAGGACACCUAGUGGUUGGACCGUGUACAGUAAGGUUUGCAGGACACCUAGUGGUUGGACCGUUUACAGUAAGGUUUGCAGGACACCUAGUGGUUGGACCGUGUACAGCAGGUGUUGGAUGAUACAAUAGCUGUUGAUGUAAGGCAAGCAUUAAAAAAAUCGCCACUAUAGUCUGUAACAGUUAUGACUGUACCAGAUAACAACUAUAUUGUGUAUACGAUUCAUGAAAUCAGACAGAAACACAUUCUCAUGGUCACUGAGGUGUUGAUAACGAUAUCUAAUGUGUUCCCUCCUGGUCACCUCCUCCUCGCCACCCUCCACCCCCCAGGACCCCAGCGCCAUGCCCCGCCCCACUUCUCAGGACCUGGCCGGAUUCUGGGACCUGCUGCAGCUCUCCAUCGACGACGUCACUGCCAAGUUUGACGAGCUGCAGCAGAUCAAGAGCAAUGAGUGGAGGCUCGUGGAGAGCCCAGAGAAGAAGACGCCAUUACAGGUAAAUCAGCAGGGUUGUUACCCUUUCUUAGCUUUACAGCUUUUCACAGCUAGCAAACUAGACUGUGUGGGUGUAUUGUCUAAUGGUAUUGGCCAACGCAUACAUUGUUUUUUUGUUUUAUCCCGCCCCUAUUCUAAGAAAGUCACAUGGCUCAAAUCUCUCUUUGUCUCUCUUUCUCUCUCUCUCUCUCUCUCGCUCUCUCUUUCUCUCUCGUCUCUCUCUACUCUAUCUCUAUCUAGCUCUCUCGAUGCCCUCUCUAUACUCAUUAGCGAGCUAAUGCUCUUUCGAUUUAUGCUCCUGCUCUCUCUGCUCUCUCGCUCUCUCUCUCUCUCUCUUCUCUCUCUCUCUCUCUCUCUUUCUUCUCUCUCUCUCUAUAAUGUGAAGGAGAGGAAGUGGCCUCCCCCGCUGCCAAAGAGGCCUCCGAAGGGGCGUGGCAGCGUGAUGCGGGAGCGCUCUCUGGACCUGCAGGACCGCCAGCGUCAGGAGGCCAGGCGUCGUCUUCUGGCUGCGAAGCGGGCGGCUUCCUUCAGACAGAACUCAGCCACGGAGCGAGCGGACAGCAUCGAGAUCUACAUCCCCGAGGCCCAGACCCGCCUUUGA